ACAAAAACAUCGGGAGAGACUCGCUAUAAUAUAUUUUACCUAUAAUUAUUCAGCCAUAAGCCCAUAACUUAGUAUGCGUGUAGAACAUUUCAAAGUACUCUUGUUUCACUCCCCUGUAUUUAUAGAAGUAGCUAAUCCUUCUUCCUUCAUCCUUCAUUAUUAUAAAAAAGGAUCUCCUCUAUUUUAUAAAAUUGUUUCGACUUGCUCGGCUGAAAUUCUUAGGAAACUUUUAUGUGAUAGUGAUAUAAUAUUGGACAAGUUAUUGGGCGGUCUGUUUGGAUGCUAAAAAUCGUUUCCGCAACGACAAACCAAAAACUGAUAAGCUAUAAUGGUUACGGCAGACCUAAACCAGCCAUCUUUGUUUAAUACAAAUUGUAGGGCUUUUAUAAUCGCUAAGCGACAGCUUUGAUGGAAGUAUCGAAAUAUCAUAAUCGAAGUUGCGUUGUUCCUUACACGAUACACGUACUUUAAUGUUUAAACAAGUCCGUUAUGGUGAAGUUUCUUCAACCAAUUAAAUAUUUAUGUUGUACAGUUAGUGAUGAUAAUCUAUGCAUCUAGCCCCGUCGACAUUUAAAUAGAAAAGCUCAUUGUCUCGAAUGUAAACCGUUAAAACUUUUUUCUUGCUUUCUUCUAUCAUCGGAAUGGGGAAUGACCAUUUUUCUUUUACACCUUUCAAUUUCAGAGGCAUCCAGGACGGUUGUAGUUCCGUACAAGGGCAAGUAGUUGCGUUCCCAGGGAAACACGUUUUCUUUCAGGAACAGAUUGAUUCUUUCUCUACAUCGCAUGGGAAAGGAACCCAAUCAUAUGACGCUCAAAUUCAUCUCCAGCAAGAUGUGCCCAAAUCUGACAUCCAAAUGUUUGAAGAGUUCAGCAUUGACCCUGCUCUGCAAAUGACACAGCCGUUCCAGGAAAUCGUGGGGCUACAGAAUCAGGAAGUGGCAAGUUCAGAACUUGUUAAUGAGUGCAACAAUAAGAAGGUUCCACAAUCUUCUUCUUUAGCAUACUUGGAGCUCCUGAGCAAUUACGCAAGCAGAUUCAAGAAGCUAAGGGUACAAGACAUAACUGACUCGAACAAUAGUGAAGCUCAUGUGAGUCGCCAGGAUUUGUCAGCUGAAGAAAUAAUAAGAGUGGCUGGAGCAAGGUAUGUACAAUUCUCUGCUCAUUGGUAUGAUGAUUAUUGCAUGCCUCUGCAUCCAUAUGCCUCUGGUCUCGAGGUUCUGUCUGAAGAAGAAAACAGAGAUGUUGAACUUGCUCAAUUUCUUCUUGCUGCGGCCGAGAGGGUUAGUUGCCAACAAUUUGAACGUGCAAGUAGGUUGCUUCUACAUUGUUUAUUUAACUCAUCUCCUAGUGGAAACCCUGUACAGAGAGUUGUCUUCCAUUUUGCUCAAGCGCUCCAAGAGAGAAUCGAAAAAGAAGCUGGGAGCACCACUUCAAUGGGUUGUGCUAAGAACUUAGAAAACGAGUUGAUUCAAAAGUUGGAUACCAACAUAGCUCUUACUUGCCAUCAGAAAAUCCCUUUCAACCAAGUGAUGCAAUUCACUGGCGUGCAAGCCAUAGUGGAGCACAUUGCAUCUAAUAGCAGAAUCCAUGUUAUAGAUGUUGAUAUUAGGCAUGGAAUGCAGUGGACAUGCUUGAUGCAGGCACUCGUGGGGAGGAAUGAAAUGAAAGUGGAGCUCUUGAAGAUAACUGCUAUUGGAAUUGUUGGCCAACCCAAUGUAGAAGAGACAGGCGAAAGAUUGUCGAGUUUCGCUGAGUCGUUGAACUUGCCCUUUGUUUAUAAGCGAGUUUAUGUUACGGACAUGAUCGAAAUCAAGGAACAGCAGUUUGAAAUUGACGAUGAUGAAACUGUGGCUGUCUACGCUCCAUACGUACUCAGGACUAUGGUAUCAAGGCCUGGAUGCUUGGAAAACCUGAUGAGUGUAAUAAGAAAUAUCAAACCAACUAUAAUGAUGGUUUCUGAAGUAGAAGCCGAUCAUAAUUCAUCCUCAUUUGCCAUUCGCUUCACUGAAGCAUUGUUCCACUACUCAGCAUUUUUUGAUUGCCUUGAAACCUGCUUAAAGGAUGAAAAUAGGGGCAGACUGGCAACGGAAGCAAUAUUAUCUGAAGGGAUAAGAAACAUUGUUGCUGCGGAGGGAAGAGAAAGAACAGUGAGGAAUGUGAGGAUAGAAGUGUGGAGGAGGUUCUUUGCGAGGUACAGGAUGGUGGAAAUUGGAUUUAGUGAGUCAUCUCUGUACCAAGCUUGCUUGGUUGCCAAAGGGUUUGCUAGUGGCAGAUUUUGCACUCUAGACACUAAUGGGAAAUGCCUUAUAGUUGGGUGGAAGGGGACCCCAUUGCAUUCCGUUUCAGCUUGGAGGUUCCUUUGAGAAAAUGAUUGACACAUUUAACAGAUGGACUGCUUCAAUUCAUUGCAAGCUGUAAUGUUGUAUGUCCCCUUCAAAUUCCCUCCGAUCUUGUCCAAUUCACAUAUUACUCAAUUCAUAUAAGUUUGUGUUCAUUAUAUCUGAAUAUAAUUAAUUACCUGGGCU